GGCUAACUUGUCUUCUCUGUUCAACAUGUCUCCUUCGCAGACUCGUCUCCUCCAUCACUAGAAGCGCCUGGAUUAUUUCGAGAAACUACUGCUAUUUCUGCAGGUCAGUACGAAGCUUGCAGGUUGUGUCAAUCGGGACCUGAAAAGCAGCAUCAUCAUCAAUGGUGUGUCUACAUACGAGAGCUGUCACAUUAUCCUGUGUCCGCUCAAUGAACCACCUCCUCAGCUCUCAUCUCAGCUGCACAUGUAUGGCGUUGGCGAGGCUGGGAGGGGAGUUUUGCCAAGCUCAGCACCUGCUGCUUAUUGUGGACAAGUGAACGGGAGGACACCAGCGAGGCACAAUCACUGCCAUUCACACAAACAGGUUCUUACUGCCACCCUGUUCAACCCAAAGGAGGACAACCCAACCCUCAGUCUGUGAUCUGUCCUGGGGAGCAGGGGAGUCUGGGAGUUUCCUCUCUCUUCACGUGCUUUCUUUUGUUUUCUUCCUCCUUCUGCUCCGAUUUGUACAAGUCUUCUCUGAAUGGGCUAACAGAUUUGAGACAAAGGAAGCAGAGACCUUUUUCCUGUCUUCAGCUCGUUUUUAUCUCCAGUAUCCUCGAUCUUAGUUUAUUGCAUUAGGAGAUCUGUCAUUGACCAAUUGCCAAUUAAAAUUGAUUGCCAAUUAUUUUAUUUAAUUGUCGGGAACCUUUUUUUUUUUUCUUCUUCUUCUCGCAAGUCAUCUUUUUGUGUGUUUAGAAAGCUUUUUGACUCUUCCCAUUUUUUUCUUACUUUUCCUGAAAUAAGAGGGGUUUUUUUUUCAUUUUGUUUUCUUUUUAACAGCAGAUCCUUGAAGAUCAUCUUUUACCAUCUUUUAGUUCAUUCUCUGAAGUACGGUACUUUUUGGAUUUUCAGACUUUGUUUAAAAAAAAAAAACAACUUUAAAAAAAAAUGAACCGCCCCGCUCCAGUAGAGAUCUCUUAUGACCACCUGAGAUUCCUCAUCACGCACAAUCCAACUAACGCACAACUGGGGAAGUUUAUAGAGGAUUUAAAGGCGUUUGGAGUGAACACCCUGGUAAGAGUGUGCGCCGCCACUUAUGACAAGACACCGGUGGAACAAGAAGGCGUACAAGUCCUGGAUUGGCCGUUUGACGAUGGCUCCGCCCCACCGGAGCAGGUGGUUGAUGAUUGGCUGAGCCUGCUGCAGACCAAGUUCAGGGAGGAGCCUGGCAGCUGCGUCGCUGUGCACUGCGUCGCUGGGCUGGGACGAGCUCCAGUCUUGGUCGCCCUCGCUUUAAUUGAGUGCGGGAUAGAAUACGAAGAUGCAGUGCAUUUAAUACGCCAGAAACGUCGUGGUGCGUUGAACGCCAAGCAGCUGCAAUACCUGGAGGCGUACAAACCUAAACUCUGCCUGCGCUCAAAAGAUGCCAACGGACAAAACUGCUGCAUACAGUAGGAAUAUAAACACCGAAGGGGUUAAAGGUGUUGUUUUUUUCUCCUCCUUGGUUUGUAACCUCACCUGAACAUGUAGCAAAAAAACACAAAAAUACUUACCAUAUUAAAGUCAAACUGAAUGAAAAGCUUUUUUUUUUUCUUGUCUGUGCAAAUGAAAAAGGUGUAAAAAUUAAUGUUGUUCCAGUAAAACUUUGGGAUCAGUCAAUACAAGUGAAAUGAUGUCUGAAUCCAGUGUGUUUGACAGUUGAUUCAGUCCAGUGUUGUUGUCUGCAGCUUCAUAGACACUCUGAGCUCCCAACACUUAAAAGAACAAAAAACUUAAGUUGUAAGGAUGCAACAAGUUAAUCAGCUGGUGAAUACCGUCGGACAGUUUUCAGCUGACUGGUGAAUGAAGCACUGAGACAUCAGUUUUUUUAGUUUUUUUUAUAAUUAAUCUACACCCAGUAAUCGCAUUGUUUUUCCUUUUGCACAAAUUCCGAGAACUCUGAUUAUUCUCUCGUCUCUUUCGGAGCCCAAAAUAGACGCGGAGAGAUUUCUCCAUGCGCCGUGACCUUUUUCAUGUCGUCUGAUGCCACGUGUUUAAUGUGCUGAGAGCUGAUCCCAAUGCGGCGGCCGGGAUUACGGCAGACUUUUGGACGUCUGGUUUCGUCUCGAUGUCUCCGUUGAGUCUGACUCCUCAGUUUUUACCUGCCACCUUUUAUAAUCAGCAAAAAUACAAAAAUAGCAGUUUAUUUUAUUUUUUAUUUUUUUCAGUACACCAAUGAAUAUAUGAUGAGGGAAAAAUGAGAAUCUACAAUCUGGCACAGAAACGGGUUCUAUACUGUAAUCCAUUUUUUGUUGGAUUUGGGAGAAAUACCUCUAUUUAAGAACAUGGAGCACUUUAUUUUCCUAUAUUUCCAGUAACAAGCAGAACUCCCAGUAACGUGUCGUGGAUGGUGUUUUUAAAGCUGAAUGUUGAUCCAAAAAUAAAUAAUCGUUUGAGGUUGACUACUAUCAGUAUAGCCGUGCCAGAAUUUAAUUAAGAGGGUCAGACGUUUAACUAAUUUUGUUAAAAGAAAAAAAAUUCUGAACUGAACUGAACUGAAACAAUUGUAAUCAGUGCAUCUCUACUAAAGAUUGUAGCUAUUUCAUCGGUAAUAAUACCAAGCAGCCGGAAUAAGCACAUAUGACCAAGACUCCAACCGAGUCAGAAAGCAUGCAACGUUUAUUAAAUAUACUUGAUGCAGAUAAAAAUACAGUAUUUGAAGCACAGCGUCAGUUUGAUGCAAACGUGGAUUUGGGUUCUGUUUCUCUCCUUUUCAAGCAGCAGUGGAGGGGCCCGCCAGGCCAAUUGUAACUUCUCUAACUCAACAAUCAUGCACACCAACUGUUGAAUGUUAACUAAAACACCUCCGUGUUUCAAACAUUAAGGGACAGUGACAGGACUGCGGAGCUGACCUAGUAAAACCUCUGGUCCUAUUCUCCACCCAGCUGCUGUGAUCAUAUGUUCUUUGUUUAUGUACUAUUUCGAUUUUUCUAUUAACUUUUUUUUUUCCCCUCUGUGUCUUUUUGUUAUUGUUAUUUAUUGAUUAUUACUGUCUUUUCAUUUUGCAAUGUCCAUCCAAAUGAGAAAAAGAUCUAUUAGUCUUGGAUAAUUAAAGGUCUUAGUGCUGUAA